CCCUUGGAUGAUCCACGAGCCUCGGCGCCCUAAGCAAGCCGUGGCAAUUGUGCCAACCCGCACCUCCGCAUUCCUCGCAAAUGGUGAGUUGGCCUCGCGCAUGUCCUGAAGCCCGCGUGCAGGCGCAUACUGGGUGGGAAUAGGAAGACUGCCAGGGAACCACCAUUGUUUGGUUUCUCUGCGGCAUUCUCCCGGCAAACGCCCGCGGCGCCAACCCAACCUCCAAGGAGCCCCCAAGCUGACCAAGUCUCGUACCCCACAGGCAACCGACCGAGCACGAGAGCUAGACCGGCUAUAUCAGAUGCGAAACCCUCCCCGUCGGGGGCAUGCGCCGCAGAUAUCCAUCAGCGAUGACAGCCACCACGUCACAGAGGCCAUAGGCGACAUGUACGGCGGAGAUAGCGACACCGAGUCGAACCGACGCAGCCUGCGACCCCUAAGCUUCAUUCCCAGCCCCAACGGCGACUCGAUCCAGUCCUUUGGCGCCUUCGAGGCCUUUGACCCCUUCCCCAGCGCUCCGCCCGCAAGAUCCCCGCUGCGUCCCCAGCUGUCCUUCGAGAAGCCAGCAACGCCGACGAGCCCAAAUGGCAGCACCAACAUGCCCCAGAAGCGGGCUUCUAUCGGCCGAAACCCCUCAAACGGCGGCGAGAUAUCCCCUCCGCUGUCUCGCUCAAACUCCAACACGGCGUCGCACCAGUUCCCGCUCAACAACCUCGACUACGAAAACAGCCCUGCGGGUCUUGCCCAGGAAUUGAGCAACCUGCAGGCCAUACGGAGGAUGUCAAUGGGCGUUAACAAUGCCGAUCCCGAUCUACCUUCGUUCCAAUCCGCCAACUCACCGCCCUCUCCUCCCGCCGUGUCUGAGGAGGAUGAAUCAAAACUCUUCUGGGUGCCCGCACGCUUGCACCCCGAACUCGCCCCUAUGGAAUUCAAGACUUUUAUCGAGGACAAGAUUGACAGGACGAGACGACGUUCAGGAGACUCGGAUUCACUAUCGCCCGACGGUGCCAUGGGACGUCAGGGCUCAGGUGGAGGUUUACGGCGCAAGAAGUCUAUGCUUUCCAGGCAAAUCGAUACCGGUAGCGGCUACAAAGAUGGUGCUGAGAGACUGGAACGGAAACGCUCCGGUACGCAGUCCAGCGGCGGCCUGUCCAAUCUUCAAGAGCUCGAGCACAUACAGGAGGACCCGGUGGCCUUGAUAAGACGUAUGAGUAUCGACCACAAGGCUAUUGCUGGAGAAGGGGAAGAGGGUGUAGAUGGGAUGCCAAUCGUACCAGGCAGUAAAAUGCGUGGUUUGGGGACGCUAAAGAGGUCAACACAUACUACUUAUAGGCGAGGCAGUCUACGCAAAGGUGGUCCGGCCCUCUCACGUCGGCUUGUCUCUGGCCGACAGGCAGAAACUGAUACAGAAGACUCGCCGUCUACCUCCCCUGUACAUUCUACCGAAAGCAUACCUGAAGUCCCGCCUCUCCCAGGACUUGCGCGCGUUCAGUCUGAACCCGUCAAUGGCGCAUUCGAGGGAUCGUCCAACAACUUCUCGCGGCCACAAGCAAAUCGAGCAUCUCCCAACUAUGGUGGAGAAAGACCAGGCUCAUCGGAGGAACAUCCCAGGUCAGCUUCUACUGAGCCUAUGACACAGGACCGAACUUCGCCUCAGCCUCGGCAGUUCCAUUCGAGAAUCGCCUCGAACGGUCGAACGACAGCACCUUUGCCCGGCUAUACCCCUCCACCACAGCAAGUACCCCAAAUCAUCGAGACACCACCGCCACAGGAGCAGAACAGGACACCUCAGUUUACGCUACCGGAACGUCACUCUUCCCGCCAACCACCGCCUCAAUCCCAGCAACAGCCUGCUGGUCCCCGUCAUUAUCCCCAGCCUCAGCAGCAGCCUCCGCAACAACAGCGCCAGCCUCAGCCUCAAGCAGGUCGCCCAAAUCGCCAUGCACAAGCCGCCCAGAACUCCCCGAUCAAGCCCGCGCAAUCUUUUGAUGAUUUAGUAGCCCAGCCUUCCGCGAUGCCUGGCCAGAACAACAGAGUGGACUCGUUGUCCAUUAUUCCAAAUGCGCCAGAAGACAAGAAGUCCGACGGGAAGUCCAAAGACAAGAAGGACGGUUCAGAAGGCGGCCCAAGGAAGACUAGUUGGGGUUGGUUUGGCGGUGAUAAAGAAAAGGAAAAAGACAAAAAGGGUGGAAAAGACGCAGAGAAAGAAAAAGACAAGAAGGUCAAAAACAAGCUCAGCAAGCCUCAGGAAAAGGGUCACGAUGAUACAAGACUAGACCUCCUGCAAACGUCGAUACAAGGUGGUGGUCGUGGUCGUGAAAGCGUUGUGUUGGAUCGAGAAAGUAUCAAGCUAGAAGAGGAGCGGAAGAAGGAGAGCGCCAGAAAGACGUCUAGCGAAGGCAAGAAAGAGAAGGAGCCUGGACUACUGUCCUCUAUCUUCGGAGGAGGAAAGAAGAAGGGCGAGAAAGAGUCAUCUCACAAGAAGAACGCCUCGCGCGGAUUAUCGCCUGAGCCCCCGCCACGCAUCUUGAAGCCCGAUAUCGACUACAACUGGACCCGAUUCUCAAUCCUCGAAGAACGUGCGAUCUACCGCAUGGCUCACAUCAAGCUCGCGAACCCUCGUCGUGAACUCUACUCUCAGGUCUUGUUGAGCAACUUCAUGUACUCAUACCUCGCCAAAGUCCAACAAAUGCACCCGCAGAUCUCCAUUGGUAACUCCAAACAAGCGAAGCAAGCUCAACAGGCUCAGCAACAGCAACAAGCCGCGCAGCAGAAGAAGGAGCAGCAACAGCAGCAAGCCGCUCAACAAGCUCAACAACAGCAAUCGCAGCCUGAGGAGUUUGCUCAGUAUCAGCGAUACCAGCAGCAACAGCAGCAGCAGCAACAUGAGCAACAAUCAGAAAAAUCCAAUGAAUGGCCAAGCGUACAUCAACAACAAGCGAACGGGGCGCUACAACAUCAGCAACAAAAUGGACAGCACCAGCAACAACAGCACCAACAGCAUCAAAGAGGCGCGUCGCAGGGUAAUCAAUAUAACCAGAAUCCUCGCGAUUCUCAUCAUUCUAAUUAUAGUGCGAAUGGAGGCAGCGGUGGAUAUAGCGUUGCAAACACACAGAAUUAUCUGGGUCAGUCGGGCAAAGGAGGAGGGGGCUAUGCUAAUCAUUCGGAUUCUGAUCAGAGUCAGAGGGCUGAUGAUGAUAUGUGGUAGAAUUGGUAGUGUCAUCGAAAGCUGCAGGGCGAGCAUGGUUAUCAAGCCCCGGCUUUUCCACUAUCCGAACUACGCUUCUUUCUAUUCCAUCUUCCCUGUUUAGCUCCUGGACCGUUUUUCUCUUAUCUUCCAAAUGUAUAUUUACUGCUGGUACGUUUUAUUGUCUAAUCUCGCUCCGGAUUAUUUGGGGCGUCUGGGGAAUUUGGCUGAGAAUAGAUAGAUGGCAGUGACGAGAUGGGAUGGGACAACGUCUGACGGUCGUAAGAUGCCAAGAUGUAGAUAGGGAAUCACAUCUGAUGUAGUUUGUUCAAAACUGAAGCCAACACUACCACUGCACGGGACUGACAUACAUGUGUAUGUGUUGAUCAGUUCAUUAUCCGAUUCGAGCCAGAGGCUGAAGGUAGCUGGGAAUGUCUACGGCGUUUCAGAGAAUGGUGCAAUUCAGAAGGAAACCCAAGGCGCGGACAACAC